AUGUCUGUGAAUCCACUUCAGCAAGUAACUCCCAGCAUUGAAAGAGCAAAUCAAGAAUUCGAGUCUGCUUGGUCCAGCGUUCUCGAGCUUUCUAAAUUCAUUGGCGCGGAGCAAGAUAUUACGAUUGCUUCCCAUAGAUUAUUGUCAUAUAACCCACAAAACAAAACCGUAUCAUCUACAAAUAAAAAUCUUAGCAACGCCGUAAAUAUAAUUUGCAAUUUCGUAACAAGGAAAAUCGAAUAUGUUCAUAACAAUCCAGAUGAUUAUAAUUCCUGGUCCACACUUGCAAAGUGCUAUUUGAUGCUUAAUGACUUUCCAAAUGCCUACACUUGCGUUGCUCACGUCAUCAAGCUCAACGAAAACUUCCAAGAUGCUACUUUUUGGUUUGUUGCCGGUAUUGUCUACCAGCACUUCAAUUACAAUCAAGAAGCACUUCGCUUUUAUAGGAUGUCUCUUCAAUUAGAGCCUCAUGCUCCACAUAUUGGUGACUUAAACUUCAGACUUGCGAUUUUAUAUAGAUCGUUAAAUAAGCCUGAUGAUGCCCUUCCAUUAUUUAAAUCAGCACUUACUAAUCUCCCACCAAAUCUCAUAGAAGACGAUAUCAAAUUCCAAAUCGCUUUUACCUAUCAAAUCCAAAAACAGACAGAUCGUGCCAACCAAACCUACAACGACUUACUUCGUGUUCAUCCACGCUCUUUGGAAUUAAACCAGCAAUACGCAUGGUUCCUUUCCCUCAGCUCAGAUUUGCGUUCUCUCGAAUUAGCCGAACGCAUUGCAAAAGAAGCCCAGGAUCAGUAUCCAAACGAUCCAGUUCUUAAGUUCGCCUUGGCAUGCAUUUCCCUCCGCCAGCAAUUUACAACAGCCGCAUAUAAUAGAUACAGAGAAUGUUUGAAUACAUGGAGUGAUUCCCCACUCUUCUGGUGUGGCCUUGGGAUACUUUACCUCAAGAACGACCAGUUCCAGGAUGCCAUUGUUGCUUUCCAGCGCGCGCUUUUCCUUAGAAGCGACAUUACAGAAGCAUGGCUUAAUUUUGGCCUUAUUUUCCAAAGACAAAAUAGGAACGACGAAGCUCUCAAGAUCUACCAGACAGCGCUUAACAAUUGCAACAUGGCACAACAAAUCCAAGAUAGAAUCAACGCAAUUAAGAGCCCAAGACCUCCGGGAAGCAUGUCACCUCAAUACGAAAUAUGCGAAAUUAGCGGUGAUAAAUUCGUGACUCAGGUCGCAGAGAAGGUCUCAUUAGAAUACUGCGCUGAUCUCCCUUACCUCUCUGUCAAAGCAAUGGGUGUUCCCCAUGAAGAUGAAGCGGCCUUUGAGCUCGCACUUUCAGCACUGUAUUCUCCACAUGCAUCGAUUUUCUAA